GGACGGAAGUCCCGCCUAUGCCGAGUCACCCGUCGCAGCUUUCUCCAGCAUCGCCAUGCGUGCCGACCAGGCUUCUUCUUGGUACAGGCGAAUGUCUGUUGUCUACGCAUUGGGUGCCUGGUCCACGUUGGGCUCCUUGAUUUUCUUCAGUCGGAAAAAGAGCAAGCCAUUAGGUGGUGAAUUAGAGCAAAAGGAUGAAAUAACUGAACCCCCAAGAGGGUUUUAUGUGGAAACGAUUGUCACAUAUAAAGAAGAUUUUGUUCCAGUUACUGAGAAGAUCCUCAACUAUUGGAAGUCAUGGACUGGUGGCCCUGGACCAGAAUCAUGAUUGACUGCGGAAUUCUGGAAACCAGGACUUUGGUUCAGAUUAUAAAUUUGACAGAUGCCUUGAUUUCCAUUUCAUGUUUGUGGAAAGUACAUUUAAUUUAAUUUUGCCAUUAAUUAUCAUCACUAAUAAUAUGCAAUCAAUAUUUCCUUGAGGCAAAGUAAAUUUGUAUGUUCAAGAAAUGUCCGUCUAUACUUACAUGAGUGAAAGGUUGAAGUGAAAUUUUACAUUGACUGUAAGCUUGCUUUCUGAAACUAGUUCCUGAACUUUAUAUUUCUUUAUGUUGCUGUCAGACAUGGCUUUGAGUGGUCCGUUUAAGGUUAGAUUCAGCAAAUCUCCAUGUUUAGUUUGGGAUUUAUAGCAGCCCUUCAGAUACUAUUGGGUGCUUGGUAAGUACAUUAUGAUUUAAAUCAACUUGGCCUUUAGGACCACAACAGGUGUGGAUUAAAUCCUAACUGUGACUACAAAUAUGCUAGACACAGGGAAUACUAAAUUGGGACAACAUGUUUUCUGACCUAAGUGCUACACCAGUCCCUUCACUAGUCUCUUUUGCUUGCGAGUAACAAACCCAUAUAAGUGAGCUUAAAUCAAGGGGGUGUGUGUCAAAAAUGUAUAUGUACAAUUCAGAAUUAAAGCAGAUUUAUGUUACAGUUUUAGGAGGGCCUGAUACCAGGAACUGGAAUGCAACAAGCCACUCACUGACCCUGCCU